ACGCUAGGUCAACACGCAUAGGGCAGCUAAGCGUAUCUACACAGCACGCUCGUCCAAAUCCGCUGCUGCAUCGUCGUGCAAGCUUCCGCGAAACACGUCGCGAGUUUCCCCGAUUCCUUCCUCAAACACUUUGCGGCGACAAAUUUAUUAUAAACGUUAACACAUGCGCCUGAUUCGGUGCCAUCGAAAUUUUGAGAUUUGGUUAUUGUGAAGAUCAGCGGUGAAUAAUAUGAAUCUAGAGGAGUAUAGAAAACAUGGAAAAGAAAUGGUGGAUUACAUUGCCGAUUAUCUGGCGAACAUACGAUCCCGACGCGUUUACCCGGCGGUUUCCCCGGGUUACCUGAGAAACGUUCUGCCCGUCUCUGCGCCACUGGAUGGCGAACCUUGGGAGGACAUAUUCGCGGACAUCGAAAGGUGCAUCAUGCCAGGAGUGACGCAUUGGCAAAGUCCACACAUGCACGCCUAUUUCCCAGCCCUGAAUUCACCUGCUAGCCUGCUGGCCGAUAUGCUGGCCGACGCGAUCAAUUGUCUUGGAUUUACUUGGGCCUCGAGUCCUGCGUGCACGGAACUAGAGACGAUCGUAAUGAACUGGCUUGGGAAAAUGAUUGGUUUGCCAGAGGAGUUCCUGCAUCGUCCAGGAGGAUCUGGAGGUGGUGGCGUGAUACAGACAACCGCGUCAGAAGCCACCCUCGUUUGCUUACUCGCAGCAAGAACCCGAGCCAUUAGAGACGUGCAACAAAAUGAGCCGGAUCGUUUACCCGCCGAGAUUAAUUCGCGUCUUGUCGCGUAUUGCUCCGACCAGGCUCAUUCUAGCGUAGAGAAAGCUGGAUUGAUAGGACUAGUUCGAAUGAAGUACAUCGAAUCUGACGACGAAUUGAGUAUGAGAGGAGAGACUUUGCUCGAGGCGAUAACAAACGACAGGGCCGAGGGUUUACUCCCCUUUUUCGUUUGCGCUACUUUGGGUACAACGGGCGCCUGUGCUUUUGACAAUCUUAAAGAAGUUGGUCAAGUGUGUGAACAGAAUGGACUGUGGUUGCACGUGGACGCGGCCUACGCAGGCAGUGCAUUCGUAUGCCCUGAAUUCCGUGGAUGGCUCCAAGGAAUAGAAUACGCCGAUUCAAUCGCGUUUAAUCCUAGCAAAUGGCUGAUGGUGCAUUUUGACUGCACCGCUAUGUGGGUGAAAAGUAGUCAAGCAUUGCACAGAACGUUCAACGUGGACCCACUGUAUUUGAAGCACGAAAACUCAGGCUUGGCUAUCGAUUACAUGCACUGGCAAAUCCCGUUGUCAAAGAGAUUCAGAGCGUUGAAGUUGUGGUUCGUCAUUAGAAAUUACGGAAUCACCGGCCUUCAGAAGCAUAUUCGCGAGGGUGUCAGACUGGCACAAAAGUUCGAAGCGCUGGUUUUGGCGGAUGCGCGCUUCGAGAUCCCAGCGACGAGGCACUUGGGACUCGUAGUAUUCCGUCUCCGAGGAGAGAACAGUUUAACAGAACGUUUAUUGAAGAAGAUGAACUCGAGGGGACGUGUCCAUUGCGUACCGGCUGCUUUACAUGGGAAAUACGUGAUUCGAUUUACCGUCACCUCAACCAACACUACCAACGAAGACAUCUUGAGAGACUGGGCUGAGAUACGGAAUACAGCGAACGAAAUUCUGGGAGAUACCACGACUUCUCCUGUACGAGCCAAAGUCCCACUUGCAGGUAACGCAGAAACGAACGAAAGCUCAGACACCCGAGAGAAGAACGAAAACUUCGGUUCAAGUUUGUUACUGGCCAAUUCCCCGAUGUCACCGAAAAUCGUAAACGGCAGCUUCGCUGCGAUUUACGAUACUGCAGAUAUAUUCGAAGAGUGUACGAAAGCUUUCGGUCAAUUGCGACUCGAAGCUAGAGACAGUCCAGCUAUGCGACGUCGAAUUCGAGGAAUACUGAUGUCGGGAAAACAGUUCUCUUUAGAUUCCCGCAUGGAUCUCGUACAGGGAUACGCUUGCUGCCGUCCAGCUAUAGAAAUGGCGUCGGAAUUGCCACUACAAGAGGAUGAAGAUCUUGGAACUAACGAAAUCUCUGCUAACCAGUCCAAAAAUGAUAAUUCUGGUGAAUGCGCAACCGCCCAAGAGGAAGCGGAGAAUUCCGAAAAGACUAAUCAACCGUUGAGAAGACAAACCAGCAAGUCUCGGUCGAAUUAUGCCAUGAAUGGCUCAGUGAAAGUCGGUUCUCAAGACUGCUCGGAAACUUUAACGUCCAUGAUGUCGACAGAAGGUAACAACAUGCCACGGAGCGAAACGAUAGCUGCGAUCGGUCAUCGUCCAUGUACCGGCGAUCUAUCGUCGAUACAGAGCCAAAACGAGAGUCCCAAUAAAGAGACCGAAGGCAGCCUCGAGGACGCGCAGAUCGUCUGCAGAAAAUGCGGCCAUUGUAUGAAGAAGGAAUAAAAUUAGUCAAAAUAAAUCGUAACUGUUAAUCGCGUAACAGUUCCCGACUGUGUGUACUCCUUCGAUGUCUUCGAUGGAUUCUAUGUUGUUCAGAUCUAAUUGUAAGCGUGGCGCUUUCGCAGGCCACGCCACAAAUUGUUGGAGAGAAAGUAAUCAACUGCGAUAUUAAAUUGAUGAAUUUACCGUCUGA